AUGAAAAAAGAUUCAGUUCAUUCAUGCUCAUGGGACAAGUGCAUGUCUACUGAUGAGGAAGAAAAAGGCAGAAUCUCAUAUUUUGAUGGCGAAUAUCUGUUCAUUUGGUUUUCGAUCCCUAUUAUUUGUGGUUCAAUCUGGGGAGCAACUCUCCAUUUUCUUGUACGAAACAAUGAUGAAACUACAGAAAAUUUGAGAGCAAGUUUUUUACUUCAUUACAAUCUGGAAACGAAGGAUGUCAUCUAUAUCGGAGCAUCGUAUUGGAGAACAAACGAAAAUGGGAAAAUGGAAAUGGUCAUUACAAGUGUCAUUGCUGCCUGCAUAUUCUUCACAAUUAAGGGUGCUUCAUUCUCGAUUGUCUGUUAUUAUGGAUAUCUGAGUUAUCGGAGAAUCUCAGAACUACCAAAUGAAGGAGAUUCAGCAUUCACGAGAAGUUUACAAAGGCAAUUGUAUAAAUCACUCGUCAUACAGGCAGCAAUUCCUAUCCUUUUGAUGUAUCUUCCCAUUGGAACAUUUCUGAUAUUGCCUGCAUUCAAUGUGAACAUUGAGUCAUUCAGUAAACUUGCAACUCUUUUUUAUGCAGUUUAUCCAGCUGUUGAUCCGCUCCCACUGUUUUUUAUAAUUGAUAACUACAGAAUUGCUUUACGAGGUUUUAUCAAAACGAUGAUAGUGACAUGUAUAUAA